CUCUUUUCAACUCGUGUCGCUGCACAAGAAGUGAAUCUCGAAUUCCUCUGCGCUAAGGAGCACUGAACGCACUUUUCUUUCUUCGACCUUGUCCCCCUGUUUCCCCUGGCCUCGCCUCGUUUCGCGGUGUGUCUCGCUUGCUUGUCUUCCGGCUUGCCUCCUUUCCUCGACACCUCGUCAGUGGAACUUCCUCUCCACCUAUCGGGAAACUGCUGUCGCUUUCUCUCUCUUCUCUCGUUCUUGCUCCUUCGCUUUCCUUCUUUUUUCCUCCCCACUCCAACGCGUUUCAACUCCGAGGAAGACUUGGCGAUGACACCGAGAGGAGGGUCCGCCAAGCCCCGCAACAGUUCCCGCGCAAGAAUCGUGGAAAGAAACUCGCAAAAAAGCGCCGAAUUCCGAAUUCUGGAGUGUAUGUUCACUGAAGGACGCCGGCGGUAGAGAGCAAUCACGACAAGGAGGAGCCGCGUCCACGGGAGGUACCCCGCGAACACGCAGGGGAAGAGAAUUCGCUUUUCCCUCUCUGUCUUGUGCACCUUUGUUGAUUUCUUUAUAAAGACAUUCUGUUAGAGGCGUCGAUCCUCUUGCUUGUUCACGCCUUCUUUUUCUUCUCUUUCUUCUUGCUCUCAUUCAUCCUCUUCCUCCGAUAACACAGUGGGAAACCUCUCCAGAGGCACUCUCCAGUUCUCUCGUCCCGUUUUUCCUUCCAUCCCGUUUUUCCUUCCACCUACUUCCUGCCUCGUCUUCUUCAGUUUUCUUUCUCUCCGCAGCGCUGCUCGCGUACGAAGAGAACACACGCGAAAGCGACAUCCCUGCUACGGAACGCCGUCUUCUGUUCGCAUGCAAAAGAAUCUGGUGAUUUCUGGAGAGUCAGCUGUCCGUCUGUGGAGAACAAGAUGGCUGGGAAAGGCAAAGAGGAGCAGGCAGCUGCGGCUCCCGUCGCCUCAGUGCCCGAAGAGAACUCCGCCUCCAGUGCGACAGACGAGUACCAGGCAGAGGAGGAGGAGGAACAGAAGCGCCUUCAGUCUAUUCUUUCAAACAUGCGGCGUGUCUCCAACUUGUACAGCGAGAUGGAGCUGUUGCGCGUCGUCGAAGAUUACGUCACUGACUGUAUGGUGCACUUGGGCUAUCAAGAGCACCGACUGUUCUCAAACAUUCGUCUCCUGGUCGCCACCUUCGCUUGCUGCAUAGCGGCUUACGCGUCUUUUGGAAUCCCUGUCGCGACCGACGGUCCGUCUCUCAAGCUUUCGAUUGCCGCGUUCUUCGGUUCGCUCCUCGUUCUCCUCCUCGUCGAGACGCUCUGGGUGAAAAACGCGAUUGCAUGCUUCAAAGACAAGGACGGCGACUCCUUCUUCAUCGACAGUCACAUCGAUCGGAGCUCGAAUGAACUCGUCCUCGCGAUACGGCAGAAAAGUCUGUACCUCUCCACAGCCUCCAACGUCGGUCGGUUCUUUGACAGCAAAGGGUACUUGCUGAUCGACACACUGUACGAGGAGCUCACGAAACUGCUGCAAGACUUCGAGAACGGCCUCACAGACACAGCAAAGAAGGUUGCUCGACUCAGAAGGAAGAAGAACGCAUGA